CCGCCAAAUCUUCGUUUACAACUAGGCGACAGUUCGAAGUGUUUGGCGCACAAGUGAGUGCUGCUGCAGUGUUCGUUCAAAGAGUGACAGAAUUUUCGAAGGCCGUUUGUUUCUAAGAGAUUCGAAAAUGACGAGGAUGAUGCAUGAGGAAGGCUUCGACGAUGAGGAAAGCUUCGGUCUACCAGAUAAGCCUUCCCAGUUGGACUUCAACCACGUCAAGAGGAAGAUGAGCAUUGUCAAGGGUUGUUUGGACAUAGGCCUCCUCUCCGCCAAUGGCAACCAACUGAGAAACAUUAUUAACUUCGGAGACCCCGACGACUCCCUCUACUACAUCGUCAUCACGAGCAUCAUCAUUAGUUUAAUUUUACAGGUCGCUUCAGGCGUGGUCAUGCUGGUGGCUGAAAAGUUCGACAUGAACGACGACGAGGAACGCGACCAGGGCGAGCUACUGAACACGAUCACCACCGUCUUGGUGUUCGUUGUGCUCAUAGUCAACGUCUUCAUAGCCGGCCUGGGCGUCGACGUAGCCAACCCCUUCAUGCAUACGGCGCCCCCGAACGUCGUGAACACGGGCGUCAUGCAUUUUGACCAUUCGCGCGCCUAAUAGAUUGACGACGGGGAACUCCCCCCCCCCCCCCCCCCGCCUCUCCCCCCCACCCCCGUGUUCCCCUGACAGAACUACAUGCAUUGAUAAAGCGUUUUCUCUCUCUCUCUCUCUCUCUUGGCGUGAGAGAUAGGCAGGCAUAUCACUCGCAAGCGCGUUAUCUCUCUCUCUCUCACUUACCCUUCCUCGUCGAAAAGCAGACGCACAUGCACUGAUAUGAUAAAUCGUGCUGACUCUCUCUCUCUCUCCCUCUCUGGUUUGUGAGAAAAAUGCAUCACUAACAACACGCUCUCUCGCUCCUUCCUUAGCAGAAAUACAUGCAUUAAUAAAUCUCUCUCUCUCUCUCUCUCUCUCCUUACUAGUGUAAGGGAGUCACACUCAUUGAUAAGUCGUUCAUAUACUCGUACGUGUGUAUAUAAAAAGAAAGAACACAUGACGGUCUCUCUCUCUCUCUCUCGUGCAGUGAAAACAAGUGCUGGCAAUUUCACGCCACUCAUCACUUUUUCAUCUAUUUAAGGUACUGAAUGCAGAGGACACAGCUGUGGAAAGUCUGAAGUAUGUGAUGCCACCCUUCCCCCCCGCCCCCUCUCCUCUCUUUAAUUAGAUCUUCAAUUAGGACGGGUCCUUGAGUCCAGAUCACAAGAUACAGUUUUAUUUUCGUUGUUUUUUCUAUAUUUUUUUAAAUCUCCGAAUGGAGUUUUGUUUAAAAGCGCUUUUUUAGAUUACUGAGAAAAGCAGAAAAAGAAUUUUUUAAAUUACUAUUGCGUUUAUUAGGUAUAGAGAACAGAAGUUUUCAGUGUCUUAAUAGUUCAAAUUAUUUUAAAGUAUUUCCAUAAGUUUUCCAUUUUUUAAAGUUUUAAUUUGUGUGUGUGUGUGUGAUUGAUUACUGACAUUUGAAUUAUAUAGUACCGUAUGGUUAACAAAAACAGUGACAUUUUAUCAACAUAAAUCCACCAGUCAAAUGACGUACAAUCUGCAACAUCACAGAUAUGUCUCCGUGAUAGAUAUUAUUAGAAUAGCAUCCGAUGUUAUCGUUAUUAUUCAUCUUUCAUGUCAUGCUUUUUCCUGUGUUCGCUUUUAUCGUCCCAUGAACUAAUUUAGCCCUUAUUUUAACCUUCGACCCUUUCCUGGAAUCUUUGAUCCCCUAUUCACUCCCCUGCACCACAAAAAAAAAUAAAAAAUUAAUUAUGAUAUCCAUCAUUAUUAUUCUUUUAUUCUGGGUUAGAAGGGUGGUGAAUAUAUAAUGAAAAAUAAAUGUAUGAUAACUGUAUGAGGAAAUAAAUGUGUGAGUCUUUUCAUCUGGAAACGUGAGUUACUGAUAUUAAAUUAUUAUUGUAUUUAUAUUUUAUUAUUAUGGUCUUGUAAACAAAAUAUAAAAUAAAUAUGCUGACAAAAUGUAUUCAGUAUUAUCAGAAAUAUGAAA